GGCGGGCGCCGCUGGGGAGCCGGAGCAGCCGCAGGCAUGGCGGCGGUCGUGCAUCCCGCAGUCCGCGUCGUGCUCGUCCUGCUGCUCUCGGGGCUGGGCGGCGGGGACCAUGCAGAGACCCCACGCGACAGCCUGCGGGAGGAGCUCGUCAUCACCCCGCUGCCGUCUGGGGACGUGGCCGCCACGUUCCAGUUCCGCACGCGCUGGGACUCGGAGCUGCAGCGGGAAGGAGUGUCUCAUUAUAGGCUAUUCCCCAAAGCCCUGGGCCAGUUGAUCUCAAAGUAUUCUCUACGGGAGCUGCACCUGUCGUUCACACAGGGUUUCUGGAGGACUCGAUACUGGGGGUCACCCUUCCUGCAGGCCCCCUCAGGUGCAGAGCUCUGGGCCUGGUUCCAAGACACCGUCACUGAUGUGGAUAAGUCUUGGAAGGAGCUCAGUAACGUCCUGUCAGGGAUCUUCUGCGCCUCUCUCAACUUCAUCGACUCCACCAACACGGUCACUCCCACGGCCUCCUUCAAACCGCUGGGGCUGGCCAAUGGCACCGAUCACUAUUUCCUGCGCUAUGCCAUGCUGCCACGAGAGGUAGUCUGCACUGAGAACCUUACCCCAUGGAAGAAACUCCUGCCCUGUAGUUCCAAGGCAGGCCUGUCUAUGCUGCUGAAGGCUGACCGCUUGUUCCACACUAGCUACCACUCCCAGGCAGUGCAUAUCCGGCCUGUUUGCAGGAAUGCUCGCUGUACCAGCAUCUCCUGGGAGCUGAGGCAGACCCUUUCUGUUGUGUUUGACGCCUUCGUCACAGGACAGGGGAAGAAAGACUGGUCCCUCUUCCGGAUGUUCUCCCGAACCCUCACAGAGCCCUGCCCCCUGGCUUCAGAGAGCCGCGUCUAUGUGGACACCACCAACUACAACCAGGACAAUGAGACAUUGGAGGUGAACCCGCAACCUCCAGCCAGAUACCAGGAUGCCAUCCUGGGCACCCAGAGGACCUAUGCUGUCUACAACCUGCUUGACCCAGCUGUGAUCAACAACUCCCGUAACCUCAACCUCCAGUUCAAGUGGAAGAGGCCCUCAGAGAAUGAGGCUCCCCUGGUGCCCUUCCUGCAUGCCCAGCGAUACGUGAGCGGCUAUGGGCUGCAGAACGGGGAGCUGAGCACACUGCUGUACAACACGCAUCCGUUCCGGGCCUUCCCCGUGCUGCUGCUGGACACCGUGCCCUGGUACCUGCGGCUGUAUGUGCACACCCUCUCCAUCACCUCCAAGGGCAAGGAGAACAAACCAAGUUACAUCCACUACCAGCCUGCCCAGGACCGGCUGCAACCCCACCUCCUGGAGAUGCUGAUUCAGCUGCCCGCCAGCUCGGUCACCAAGGUCUCCAUCCAGUUUGAGCGGGCGCUGCUCAAGUGGACAGAGUACACCCCAGACCCCAACCACGGCUUCUAUGUCAGCCCGUCUGUCCUCAGUGCCCUCGUGCCCAGCACGGUGGCAGCCAAACCUGUGGACUGGGAAGAGAGCCCCCUCUUCAGCACACUGUUCCCAGUGUCUGACAGUUCCAGCCACUUUGUGCGGCUCUACACGGAGCCGCUGCUGGUGAGCCUGCCGACGCCGGACUUCAGCAUGCCCUACAACGUCAUCUGCCUCACCUGCACGGUGGUGGCCGUGUGCUAUGGCUCCUUCUACACUCUCCUCACCCGAACCUUCCACAUCGAGGAGCCCAGGACUGGUGGCCUGGCCAAACGGCUGGCUAACCUUAUCCGGCGCGCCCGUGGCGUCCCCCAGCUCUGAGACUUGCCCUCUUUGUCUCUGGAGCUGCUGUUUCUCUCUGGAGAAGGGUGGUGGUGACCCCCAAGGGCUCUUUCUGCCACUUGCUCUCCACAGAGCUGACUUUUGAAUCAAACCACCCCUGGACUACCAGGGCGCCUAGAGCUGCACCACGGUACAGUAGCCACGAGCCAAAGGUAGCUCUUGAAUUUAAGUUAAUUUAAAUUAAAAAUUCAUUUCCUCAGCUGUACUGGCCACGUUUCAAGUGCUCAGUGACCAAAUGUGGUUAGUGCCUGCUGUUGGACAGUGUGGACAGAUGUUUCCAUCACAGCAGAGAGUUCUGUCAGUGCUGACCUAGAUAGCAAUGUGCUGAAGAAUUUUCAUCACUAUGUGGUGGAUGGAAUGUACUGAUUGUGGAAUAAAAGUGGCUGCUUUUUUGGCUCUUUGA